AUACAAUUUGUAACGUAACAGAUUCCAAUGCAUCCAGUGAUAGGAGUUAUCCAGUUGAGUUUCUCGUACUACUUCUAAUAGUGAACAGUCAGGGCUAUUUUAUAUUUAAUAUAUAUUAACGCUAAUUCUACUAAUAUUUGAAAUAAAAGCUUAAGGAAAAACAGGAAUUGUUGAACGAAGUUACUCAGUCUAAAAAUUUAUAAAAAUGUCCAUUCUAGACGAGCGAGAGGAUUACCUGAAGAAUCCCUUCUUCGUAAAGCACGAGUAUGGUGAUUUCACACCGUUUUACGUCACUGUGACUAUCUGUUCUCUGGUAUUCGUGAUCCUGUGUAUUUUGAAUAUUGGAUUUUGUUUCUGUUCUCGACACAGAGACUACUGGCAGAGUCCCUUCACCGGAAACAGGUGGAUUCAGCCAUUGUUCACAGUAUUACCGCACAAAUCGCCUCCUCUGGAUAUAAGCGAAUUGGAACCAGGACAUAUAAUACAGCCAGAGAAACAGGUUCUGCAAUACCAUAAUCCCAAAUUGCUCGGAUCUGCGCCACAAUCUCAAGAAAACAUGGAAAUGCAGAAGCGAGAGAGCGAAAUCUAAUCGUAUAUCGAA